AUGUCUGCUCCAGUUAACGGCGAAAGCCCAGUCACUCCAGUUACCCAAGCUGUUUCUCAACACUCACCUUGUGAAUUGCUCACCUGGAAAGAUCCAGUAAAGACCGGUAAGGUUUUUGGUUCCAUUGUUUUGGCCUUGGUUGUUUUCAAAAAGGUAAACUUGUUCAAUAUCUUCUUCCAUUUGGCCUACAUUGGUUUAUUAGCCUCUGCUGCUGCCGAAUACGCCGGUAAGGUUGUCACUGGUCAAGGUUUUGUAACUAAAUAUAAGGGAUCUACCAAAUCUUAUGCUAAAUACAUUAAUAACGACAUUUUACCUCACCUUGCUAACUUUAAUGAAGAAAUUGAAGGACAAUUCCAAAAAAUUGUUUAUGCACAUGACAUUGAAACCACUUUGAAAGCCGCCGGUAUCUCUUAUGUCUUGUAUAAAGUCACUUCUUGGUUCUCGUUAUACACCUUGAUUAGUAUUGCUGUUGUUUUAGCCUUUACUGGUCCAGCCAUUUACACUAGAAAUAAGAAAGAAAUUGAUGCUGCCGUUGCUCAAUACACUAAAAUCGCCAAAGAAAAAUCUUCUGAAUACACCCAAUUGGCCCAAGAAAAAGCUGCUCCUCAUUUCGAUGCUUUAGUUAAAAAAACCGGUCCAGUUGGUGCUUUUAUUUCUUCUAAAAUUCCAACCAGAACCGCUGGUUCUACUGUUGGUUCCGAUAAAUCUCCUUCUUACCCAGGUAUUGAAACUGAACCUUCUACUGCCACUACCACCGGUGCUUCUAAAUUCCCAGAAGUUCCAUCCGUUAACCCAGAAUCUUCUGCUUCUGGUUCCGGUUUAGAAGAAAUCAUUGACGAAGCCAGAGCUAAAGGUGAAGAAGCUCAAAUUCCAACUUCUUUGUAA